GAGUUAGGAGAGGAGAGUUAGGAGUGGAGAGUUAGGUCCUGAAGGUCCUGAAGAAGUUUCUGAAGGUUUCCAGAAACACAUUCACUUUGGAGUCCCACUGCAGCGACAUGGCGAAUGGAAUGCAGGAACAAACUCUAGACAAGGCUGAACUGCUUGCACAGAUGUUUCCCAAAGACAGUCUAGAGUACAAACUCCUUUUGAGGUACACACAGAAGAAAAGCACAAAAAGUCAUACCCCACAGAGCAACGGUGUGGGAGAGGCCAAGGUUGCAUCCCCUGAACAACCUCAGAACCGGCGUAAACCACAGAAAAAUAAGAAGCGUUCAUUUUUGAAGAUCAUAAGCUGCAUUCGACCAGAGAAGGAAGAUGACGAUCAUGCGACUAAACCCUGCAGAAAAUCGGCAGCUGCAGGUUCACCUGUUUCAGAGCAGGAAGAAGUGGACCAAAUUGUCAACAAGUUGACUGAGCUCACAGAUGAUGUUCAUUUCAUAUCUUCGGAUAUAGAAACUGAUAGUAACGAUCUUGUGGAGCAACUAGUGGAACUGCUUAGGGAACAAGGAGAUAAACUAAACGAGAAAAUUGAAAUGGACCACGAGCUUAGGAAACAGCUGCAGGACUCUCUGUCAUACGGUUUCUUUAAAAAACUGACUAGUAGCUUUUUGAUGAGACUCAGUCCAGAGGAGCUUCCUACUACAGAGAGCAUAAAGCAGGCUGAGAUCGCGGUCACUUUUGAGCUGACCAGCCGCCUAAACGCCAUGGACUGCCAUCCCAUGAACCGAGUGCUGGGCUUCGGUGCUAAAUACCUGCAGGACUAUUUCACCCCCUGGGUCAACCAGCAGGGCGGCUAUGAAAAGGUUUUCAGCACAGCCGGUGAUACUGAGGAGGAGGUUCAUUAAACCUAUCGUUUUUUGAGUUUUUCUUUUUUUUUUAAUACUUUUUUUCCCCUUGGACUGUCAUGUUAAUUAUUACUCAGGGACCAAGUCACUUGAAUAAAAAAUGUAU